AUGGCAGGAACAGAUCUUCUAACAGGGCUGAUUGUGCAGCCCAUGGCGGUAGCCCUGGAGGUGUCGAAAAUCCUCAGUGCUAGUCCAUUCUGCACUUUAGAGAAGAUAUAUUCAGUAACCCUGGCAGGGAUCGGUUUUGCUUCCAUCGAUCACCUCGCGUUGAUCAGCGUGGAGCGUUACAUUGCGAGCAAGUAUUCCUUGAGGUAUAAGGAUAUUGUGACAAGAAAAUGGUUGAAAAACGGAAUACUUUUGGCUUGGGCCUUUGCAGGUCUUGUCACGAUUCUGGAAACUACCCUAACUCUAGUAGACACUAAGACCGAGAUUUUCUUGACCAGUUUGCUAGUGGUCAAUGCAGUAUAUACAAUCAUAGGGAUUUCCUACAUUGCUGUUAUAUGUUAUACAAGUGCAUACAUAUUCUUUCAGACAAGACGUCAUAAAAAGCGCAUUCAACACGAACAAGUUACAUAUGAAGAUGCAAAAAGAGUACGAAGAGAUAGUCGCGCAGCCAACACCCUUGCAUUCACUUUGUUGGUAUUAGUCUUAACUAAUGCUCCUUCGCUAAUACUCAUGCUUUCUUCCUUUUCAGAUAGCGCUAGCAUAGAGCCGAAUGUUAGGAGCAUUCUUUGGAAAUGGGCUGUAACAUUUUCGCUCUGUAAAUCUUUCUUAAACCCUAUUAUUUCUUGUUGGCGAGUAAAAAAGAUGCAGCGAGCAUUUUUUGAAAUUUUACACUUACGGCCUGAAAACACUCCAGCAGGAGUAGAAUAGAUAAUAUAAGUUGAAUUCUUACAUUCUCUUGCGUCUCCAAUGAGGUCCGCUGUAGAAAGAGAAACAAAACAACAAAGUUUAUCUCAUAUUGAAGACUUUUCACUUUAACAUUUUCAACGAAUGACAAGUCAGGCCGAAAUAGUAUACAGGGUGGAAAUAUAGAAUAUGGCGCUCGCAAUUUCAACGGCUUCUGAGCCUCACGUUUUCUUGGACAAAUUACAACCCACUGUUUUCUGGCAUUCAGACAGAUUAAUUCAACGAAACUUUAAAUCAGAGUGCGUGGAUAUUUUUCAUCAGAGUUUUCUCUGGUUGUUGCGCCAUACUGACGAGCCCCAAAAAAGGCGAAACAGCUGUCUAUGGCUACAAUCCCGCUCUGAUUUGAGUUCUUUCGGUGUUGUGUUGAUGUUUUGCAGAGUUAAUUUUUACGUAGUACGAUCAGCAUUGCAGUAUUCUGCUUGCAGAAUUUAAUAUGUCAACGAAACUGUUCAUAUUGAAAACUUAAGAACUCAACGAAUCUAAAUAAGUUAUGUAACUAGAUACUGUACAAUUCUUUUCGGCGGCAACUGGUCAAUUUUGCUCUUUCCUUUCAAUUUGAUUGGAGUGAUUGUAAAUUGAGUUGUUAUGUAGUAUGAAAAAGUUUUAAUAAUCAAGUUGAGAUCACUGAAAUAAAAUUUGCUUUUUUUGUUUUUAAUGCCUUGCAGAUUUAUUAACCUGUAGUUCACUGGACUUUUUUCUGUUUUGGGAUAAUAAUCCUUUUGCUGGUGUUUUUAUAUUUCUUUUCUUUUUUUUUUUUGCAUUUAGUCAUAACACAACGAGUUUCAGAGAAGGACUAAAACUUCAGCUGUCGGAUGAGCUAACAGUUUGUAGAAUUAAGAAGUCAACAAAAUACAAGGCUUACACCAAUCAGUGUCAUAUAUGA